CUAUUAUUAACCUUCAUGUGAACUGUUUACCUUUUUAGAUUCGCCACUAUUUCUUCAUUAAAUACACAGAUCUUUAGCCAUGUUGAGCUUCGUGACGUCGGCCCUAGUUUGACUAAAUGCAAACGUAUUUCCUUUUAAGUCACUUCUGUACAAUGUCUGUCGUGGUAAAGGACACUAAAGCUACAGUUGUGAGUGAUAUUUGAGCAUGAAGGAGUCUUUAUUCACCCUAACAGUGAUGAUGAUGGCAUUGACCAGGACUUACUUAUUUCUGGUUCACUUCGACUUGUGGACAAGGACAGUGAAAUCCUUGUGGAAUAUAAGCCUCUGGAGGACACAGUGGACCCCUCAAACAUGCUCUGUGCAGGAAAGGACUCAAGCUCAGUGGUGGAGUGGGCCCACAGUCCAGGAGAGAGAGUGCUGGAGACUCAGCACAGCUAUGAGACCGAGUGGGACAUGAUCAACGCAGUGAGCUUCAGGAAGAGGCCGUGCUCCAAUGGAUCCAAUGGAGAAGGCUCUCUACAUCACAGUCACGAGCGCAGUCGCUGGGCCUUCAGCUUCAGUCUGCGGGAGUUGCGCUCUAUCACAAUAAAACAGGAAGGAUGGAGUUUUCUGAUUUUCAAAUUAAAAGACUCUUCGUCCUGUCUGCCUGCGCUGCACUUCCACCAGGGCGGCAGCACAGAGUUCCUGGAUGCGGUCAGGAGAUACGCCCUGCUCAGCGAAUCUGCAGAUGAUGAGUCCUGUCUUGUGGUGAGCACGCCAAACAGAGCUCUGUCCCAGUCCUUUGAAAACCUUCUGGAUGACAACAACUACAGCCUUGUCAAUAAAUUAAAGAAAGACCCUUAUGUGACAACACUGGGUGGUUUCUCUAAAGUGACUAACUACCUGUUUGAUGCACUAAGAGGGCCAGAGGAGCAGACACGGCGCCCCCCAGAGGAAAUGGCAGAUCUGCUCGGGGAGGUGAUCCCAGGACUGGACAUAAACCAGCAGGAAGAGCCAGGCUUCGAGGUUAUCACCAGGAUCGACCUGGGCCCUCGUCCAUCUGUGUCCAGGAGAGACCCAGUGUCUGUGGAGGAGUGGACCAAGCACCAGGAUCCAGAGGGGAGAGUGGUACGAGUGCCUCAGCUCAAAGAAGCCAUCUUCAAAGGGGGUCUGUGUCAUGCUGUGAGGAAAGAAGCCUGGAAGUUUUUAUUGGGAUAUUUUCCCUGGAACAGCACAGCGGAGGAGAGGAAGGCUCUACAGAGGAGCAAAACAGACGAGUAUUUCAGGAUGAAGCUUCAGUGGAAGUCUGUGAGUGAAGAACAGGAGAGACGAAACUCACGCCUGAGAGACUACCGCAGUCUGAUCGAGAAGGACGUGAACCGCACGGAUCGAACAAACCGAUUUUAUGAAGGCAUUGAUAAUCCAGGUUUAGUUCUGCUCAACGAUAUUCUCAUGACGUACUGCAUGUACGACUUCGACCUGGGUUAUGUUCAGGGCAUGAGUGACCUGCUGUCUCCCAUCCUCUAUGUGAUGGAGAACGAGGUGGAUGCGUUCUGGUGCUUUGCCUUUUACAUGGACCAAAUGCAUCAAAACUUUGAGGAGCAGAUGCAGGGGAUGAAAACUCAGCUGGUGCAACUUGGCUCUCUGCUGCGGCUGCUCGACCUGGCCUUUUGGAACUACCUCGAAUCUCAGGACUCUGGGUUCUUGUACUUUUGUUUCCGAUGGCUCCUGAUCCGCUUCAAACGAGAGCUCAGCUUCCAGGACGUCCUUAGGCUCUGGGAGGUGAUGUGGACGGAGCUCCCAUGUGAGAACUUCCACCUGCUUGUAUGUUGUGCCAUUUUAGACUCUGAGAAACAGAAGAUCAUGGAGGAAAACUACGGCUUCAACGAGAUCCUCAAACACAUCAAUGAGCUGUCGAUGAAGCUGGACAUAGAAGAGAUUCUACACAAAGCUGAAGGCAUCUGUCUGCAGAUCAAGAGCUGCAAGGCCAAUCAGAUCUGCGGAGAGGACUUGCCCCGAUCCGUGAGUUCGAUCCUGGGUUUCACCUCUGACCCCUGCGACUCUUAUGAUGACUCUGACCUCCGUGACCCUCACAGAGCCUCACAGCGAGCAAAUACCUACUCCAAUGGACAUGGACAUUUAUCAGAGACCCCUGCCCUUGUCUCCUAACCCCCACAGAGCAGAGGGGAGUGUACAGAAAGAAGACUAUUUUUGUAAUUUCUCAUUUUUUCUUUAUUGAGUUGUCAUUCCUUUAUCCUGAUCAUUUAGAGGGGAACAAUUUAACUUUUUUACAUUUUAAAUAUUGCAGCCUUGGGAUACUGUUUUUUACUGCCUAUAUUGUGAGACUAAUGGUCAGGAAGUAAUUAUUUACAAUCAGCUGCUGAUGAUUCAAAUGCAGAUAUUUCAUCACAUGUUUAAUAUAUCAGUAAUUACCGGGCCUAUCCACAAUAAGAUGAGACUGCAGGUGAAGAGCAAAAAAGUGAUAUUUAAAGAAAGUUGAACUUUGCACCA